UGCACGCGGCAGAGGGCGGCAGUGUUUCGCCGCAGGCGUUUUCUAUAAAUCCUCUCGGAGCUUCUCCGGAGUUGGCAAAGAUGCUUGUGUGGACGACGGGACAGGUCGAUCCCACGUUGCACCGAUAUCCGAUUUGACUGGCACCAAGGACCUCCGAACCCGAGUCAUCAUUUUCGAUUCUUGAGCUCGGGUUUCCUCUGAUCUAGCAGCCCUGUUGUUGUCUUCCAUUGGCUUAGACGCGGCUAUGCCCUCGAAUGCCUGUUUCCAAUACGCCACUAACGAAUCCACAGCAUACUGUCCGAAGUUGCCGUGCAGCAGAAUCACAGAAGUCACCCUCAUAAUGGGUUCCAUCAUCUGGCUCCGGCGCACAAGCUGCUGCACGAACGCGUUUGGGUGUGAUUCGGCCUUCUUGAACAUUUCACAUACAGUCUUUGUUUGCGACAAGAACGCGUUGAUCUUGAUGGGGUCAUCCCAAAGAGACCGUGCCAAAAUCAAUGGGUAAGCAGUUGCAUAGUAAGUUUGGGUAGUUGCGCGAGCUCUCAGCAUGCCAAAGGUGAGCGUCCAGAUCUCGUUGGCUGCGAUGUCCUGGGAGAGGAUGCGUUCUUCUGGCACUGUGGCUCCAGGGAGCUUGCUCGGGGGAUGCAUGUCGAGCCCCAUCCACUCGAGCUUCUCUGGACAGAAGAGACAAUCGAUCAACGCGUGAAGCUCACCCACGUGGCCCCACGUGGCGGCAUCUAGAAAAAACUUACGGCUACCAGCCUUAGUUCUCAGAUCCUGCAUCCAGUGGCCAUGCUGGGUGCUCAACGGCUCCGACACGAUGCCGAUUAUCCGGCUUGCCUCUUUCAAAUCGGGGCUCGCGGCCAGCUCCAAACAUACGUCGUCAACUAUUGAUUUUUACACCGCUUGUAGAUGGCACCCAUAUUUUCCGAAGAAGUCUUGAUCGGGCAAGCCGCCGUUUUCUCGGAGUCCCCCUCGCCCCCCAGAGGCGGUUCGACGUCUUGUUGCGCCUUCGCCUCCUUCACCUUUGUGGUCUUCCAAACUUGCCACGCCUUCGAAACAGCGCCCGUGGUCAAGCCCCAGUGCAACAACAACAAAAGUGUCUCAGACCAACCUUUACGUCGUUGUUUCUCACCUUUCGGAUAUGAGAGCCAGCGCGCCAAAGCGAUGGUCUCUCCCUGCCUCUGCACAAUAUCGAGAAAAGGGAGGUCCUUGAUGAAUUGCUUCCUCGCCUCCACGUUUGUCUCGGACUCUGUCCGCCAACCGCGCUCGAAACAAAUGUCGGGCCACAAGGCCACAAGACUGGCGUCGUUUUCUUCCAACAGUUCCUUCGCCUCCAGAAACCGCCACCGUGCUCCCGGCACAGGUUGGGGCGCCCUCUGGAGCCCCAAAACAUACAAUGUUCACAUUGGCAUGCCCUGUAAGCCACCAUGCAUCCAAUUCACAUUUCUCAAAAGUACGAAGGGGGUCUCUCAAAAGUGCGGACGGGGGCGCCAAGCUCGGACCUCGAAAGAUCAGGUCGGGCCUGGGCAUAUGUCCACAACGUGUGAGCAACUUGGGACGGGCAACGCUCGCCCCAAGUUUUGAAGCAAAGAUCCCGCCUGAACAGGCGCCCACACGUGAUUGUCGCCGGACGGGUCCCAGAACAUGCGCAUUCAAUAAGUUGUCUCCUCACCUGCGAGCCACACCCCGUCGGUCUGCAUGCAAAGGGACCCGCGGUUCGGCAUGAAGGACCACCCAUUGGACAUGUAACCAAAGAAAACAUCCCAGUCCCACCGCGUGGCCUGGGAGACGGUCUCACGCCCUUUCCCUUUGCGACCCCAGAUCUUCAUUCCAGCAAGUGCUGCUUUGGCUGUCUUCAGGGCUGGAUGUUGCUUCAUUUUCUUUAAAAGCUCUAGUUUGUAGAGUCUGGUUGUCUUGCGGUUCUUCCCUGUCGGCGUGGUUAUGGCUGGCAACUCCAAUAUCUUUUCAGUCGGCCAAUUGUCUCCGUCCACCCUUGAACACUCCAUGACGCAUGCGAGGCUGGAAAUGAUGUCUUUGGCAAGGCUGAUCUUGGCAUCACUCGACGGGUCCUUCCCGAUAGGGUUCCCCAGGAAACGCAACAGAUACACAAGCGGCACCUGGGGUGCAACGUGCUAUCCAUAGACGCAGCUCGCGAGAUGGAGGUUUGAAGGGCAAGGCGCAGCAUGACACGAACACGUUUAAAAGGUUGUCGGACCAAAACGAGCACGAAACCUAAAAACUCUGUGAUUUCGGAGCUGCGGCUACGGCUCGCUGGGUUUACGCAGGCGCCUUGUUAUGAUCGUCGGUUGGAGUGCGUCUGAAAAACUGCGCGGCCAACCCGUGGCCGAGAAGGAUCGUCAAGGCCCCCGCAUCCACGCCGCCGCCUGCCACCACGAUCCGUCGAGGUGGAAUAGCGGCCUCCCCAAUCGCAGCCUCUGGUCCGUAGGUGAAAAAAGCGCCGUCGUGCGCGAGAUACCUGUCAAAGAACGUUUCCAUGAUAAGUCUGGAGUUCUCGGCCUCCUGUGGCUCGCUCUUCCCCUUGCUGACCAAUGACUUUACGAGAAACCAAAGCAUGAGAGUCGUGGAAAGCUUGGUGUCGUCGCUGCUUUGAGUGAGGUCGAGAGCCCUCACCUUGCCCUCACCACCACAUCGUAUGUCAUUCCUCGCAGAAGCUAACAAUGAACGGGUGCUCGGCAUGCAGCUCGAUGCAUCGAGGCCGAGCUGCAACGCGAUCCUCUUGCAUGCUUCGACUCUUUUUUUCAAUAAUGGCCAACUGUACCUCCCCAGCAUUGCCAGGACCAGGCAGGGCAGAGACCAAAACAUGAAACAACCAGCGACUGGCAGAGUGUAGAGCCAAACCUGAAUGUGGAUGGUCUUGUUUGUGCCUCUGGUAUGUUCAAAACCUGAUGACGAAGACUCCUCGGAAAAUUUUUUGCACCACACGGCGGCGCCAUCUUCUUUCUUCACGAAAGGUUUGCCUGAGUCGGUUUUGUGAUAGGUCCGAGUGAAAAUAUUAUUUGCCCACACAACGAAAGAAACACCGUCGGAUGCCAUCUCGCCCACUCGGUCGUUCCUACGGUGCGGCAGCGUCAAGUAAGCGAAACCAUCACCUGAGAAGGCAAGUGCACAAUCUGGGCCCAUGUCGUCAGGUAGCCUGACGAUCUCACCAGUCCCCGUGUGCUCCAAGCAUUGCCCGGAAGCGCCGCCGACAGUCAGGCGAACGAGGCCCACGUGAGGGACCUCCAUGCUAAGAGGUCCGAGUGGGGGGGGAUGGCGCAGGCUGCUCUCAGCGUCACUUGAAUUUGGAUUCGAG